AACAAACAAAAAAGGGAAAAUAAAAAUCGUAAGUCGUGGCCACUGGUUCAGUCGGAAUUAUGGAAGGGAUGGCUUUGCCACUGUUUCAACUCCCACUUGCUGUUGCAUCAUCCUCUUCUCGUAUUCCAACGGUACCCAUCUUAUAUUUCCACCACCAGCUGCACCGCGAUGCCCUUCCACUCCAUUAUUUGUGCGGCCGUCGUCCGAGGAGGAGUGGAGUUGUUGUACUUGUCAGUAAGGAAGAGACAACAUCUACCCAAGAGGACGAGCAGCAAGAUGACUUUGAGGAACCACCAGAACCUUUAGACCUCGAAUACGUUCGCCAAAUAAAAAAUGUGUUGGAGCUUCUCAAGAAAAAUAGAGACAUGCUUUUCAGUGAGGUUAAGUUGACCGUAAUGAUUGAGGACCCAAGAGAAGUUGAGCGCAGGAGAUUACUCGGGAUCGAGGAUCCUGAUGCCCCAACUAGGGAUGACUUAGUUACUGCUUUGGAAGAAGUGAAUGAAGGAAAAGUACCAAAAGAUCGUGUUGCUCUUAAGUUGUUAGCCGAGGAAAUGGCUCAAUGGCCUAACUUAGAGGUUGAAGCAUCAAAGACAAAGCCUAGGAAAUCCUUGUAUGCAAAAGCCACUGACACUGGUAUCGAUCCUAAGGAGGCUGCUAAAAGACUGAACCUUGAUUGGGAUUCAGCUGCUGAGAUAGAAGAUAGUGAUGCCAAAGAUGAGACCGAAGUGCCUCCAGCUGUGGGUUAUGGAGCACUUUACCUGGUCACCGCAUUUCCAGUCAUCAUUGGUAUCUCAGUGGUCUUGAUUUUGUUUUUUAAUUCUCUCCAGUAGAUAUUGUAUUGCCAUUUUGUAUAGUCUAUGAUUCUUGCUAGAGGUCCUUGCACGAGCACGGACAUCAGAAUCAUUAGAUUAAAUGUAUAUUUCUGGUAAUCAUGUCAUUGCUGUAAUAAUAUGUUUUGUUUUCCCUCUUCA